AUUUUUGCUGUCAAACGUGACAUCAACACAUGCAUAGCAUCUUUUGCGGCUUUAUUUGUUCCCUGGCCGGAGUUGAAAAAAGUUGGUUUAUGUAGGGUUCGCAACAUCGCCAAUUAGAAACUUUGUGGUUCUAUAGGUUUAGUGUACGGUAACUUCCGGUGCAUGGAACCCAGUGUGUAGUUCCGUAUUUAAAAAAUAAACUACCUGCACGUCAGUUCAACCGCGGAAAAAAAACGCUCGGGUGUGAUACAGGUCGUAAAUCGUGAAUCAUAAAAUGACGAAUCUGAACGAUUAUGAUGCGCUCCGAGAGGAGCACCGUGCAAUCUGCGAAAAACUUAACAUCGAUGCCCCCACCGAGGAGAGAUCGUGGAAUUCUUUCCGGGAUAUUGCCAGCAAGUACAUUCUAGAUGGCGAUCAGCUGCACUGGAUUUGUUGUCCGACUUACAUCACCUGCCGGCAGGCAGUGACACCUACUGUGGGCAACACCAAUUCCCUACGUGGUAACUGUGUGUCACUAACCACGCUUCUGCGAUUAUGUAAUAUUAGCUUAAAAGAAUUCUUCAAGAAAAUAAACCAGUGGGCAAAAAUGGCUUCCCUGCCAGAGGAGCAAAGGAAUGAUAUCAUGCAGCUACAGCAUCGCUUUGCCGUAUCGAUGUCAAUUUACAGUAAAUUUCACGAGAAGUUUAAUACCGUUUUUCUAGCUCCGAAUAUGGAAGAACAGAAGCGCGGUAAAAAAUCGAAACCUCAGCCAUGCAGCUCGAAUCGUCUGUUCGAGUUUUGCUGGACACUGUUUAUAUGCGCCAAGGCAGAAUAUCCGGAGCAGAGUGAGGAUUUAGUGACAUCCUAUAGUAUGUUGCUGUGCUGUCUGGAUUUAAUAUACGCCAACGCAAUAGCCGAUGGUCGGAAGGAUAUUGUGAAUCCAGAUUUUACCGGGCUACCAGAGGGAUUUCUGGAUACUGGCACAGUUGCUAGCGAAGAGCAACCUGUUUGUAUUAUUGACGCCAUUAAUAAAGAUGGCUGUGCUUCGGAUGUUUUGAACAUAAAAACUACGAGCUGGAAAGAUGUUAUUGAAAAAUUGUUUCAGAAAAACAUUCUUAAGGGUGAUGCCGAAAGCUUCUCGGGUCUUAUCUCAGUGGCUAAUUUUGAGGAAAACUUGAAGUCUCUCAAUAACCUAUACGACACGUUUAUUCUCAGUUGUGGGGAAUUUGACGAGCGCAUCGCUCUAGGCCAAAAGGUGCUGGAGCAACCGCCAUGUUCACGCUCUAAAAAUGAACCAACGACUUCUUCGGCUACUCCGGAAAAGGUUCCCCUGUGUCAUCAAACGCCGCUCAGUGGUCGUAGCCGUAUAGGUAGCAAUGAGUGCAAUAACUUCACCCCUAUAUCAACCGCACAUGCCUCGGUUAACAAAUUGCGUUCUAAGCUGAUGGGCUACGAGGGAAAACCUCAGUUAACUCUGCAAGAAUUGUUCAAAAAAUACUCACCUGAUGCGAUUAAUAUCGUACAGGAUAGAGUUGUCGCUGCAAGAGAGCGUUUCAUGAAGCGAAUGCGGGGACUCAAUUGGAACGAAAAUUACAUUAUUGAUAAGUGUAACCUGAUCGAGGCACUCUACUUCAAACUGCUGGAAAACAUAAUCCUUGCCGAGCUAAAACGUAAUCCCUCCAUCGACGUGAAGCUGCUUUGCAAAGAGGAUAUGUUCAAUAAGUCGCUGCUGGUUUGCUCCGCGGAAAUUGUGAUCUUGACUCACAAGCAGCAAAAUUUGCCAUGGAUUCUGAACGUAUUUGAAAUACCUCCGUUUUUCUUCUACCGGAUCAUCGAGCUGGUCGUGUUGCACCACAAUGACAUACUGACGCGCGAUAUCAUUAAGCAGUUGACUUCUAUCGAAGAGCAAUGCGUUGAAUCACUUUGCUGGACCAGCUCGUCUCCUCUGUGGGAAACUAUGGCCAAGAUAAACUACAAGAUGCCUUCCAGCCAGGCUGUUGCAUCAUCCACGGAUCUGUCUGGCAUUACCCCACACAAACCAGGGAAUGGCACUCCCAAAGUAGAGUCGACUCCUUCGACAUCAACAGCCGCUUCCAGCGGGACUGGUGCCUCUGAACAGAAGGUUCGGAAUCCAGAUUCAGCACGGAAGAAUCUAUUCAAAAUGUUGGACAGUGAAUCUACCAAACCAGCUACUUCAUCAGCAGAGUCAGACGACUCCGCUGCAGAAAAGAAGGGGCAAACGAAAGAACCAACCGCAACGCGGGCCAACCCAAACCAGCUGCUGGGCUUUAAUUCACCACUCAAAGUACCUGUGCCAAAUGGUUCUCUUUCCAAGCGAAGACCUGGAGCGGUUUCAUUGAAUAUAUUUUUCAGAAAAUUCUACAUUUUGGCAGCUGUUCGCAUGAGACACCUUUGCGCAAAUUUGGGUCUAAGUUCGCCCGAGAAUCAAAUGCAGAUUUGGAAUAUCUUUGAGUAUUCCAUCACCGUUGACGUCAAUGUUGAUGGAGAGUUAAUGAAGGAUCGUCAUCUGGAUCAGAUGUUGAUGUGUGCAAUAUAUGUUUUUGUUAAGAUAAAGAAAAUGAGCAUAAAAUUUUCUGACAUAAUGAAGUAUUAUCGCAAUCAACCCCAGUCGAACAGUCAUGUCUACCGAAGUGUCUUCAUCAAGCGCCGUACGCCGGAGGAAGUAGCUUUGUAUCGCCAACAAAAUGAGAGCAACCGCGUUGCCGAAAGAACACACCGAGUGGCACCGGAUGACUUGGCGGGUGCCUCGGUGCAGCAUGAUAGUGAGGAACGGGGUGAUAUCAUUCAGUUCUACAAUACAGUGUACGUUAAAAAAAUGCAGGAUUUUGCGGUUAAGUUUGGAGUUGAUGAGCAUAACCUGAUACUUUCGCCUCUGCCGAAAACUCCCAAUCGGAGUGUUAUGCUGUCACCGAAACAAGUUGGUGGACGCUAUCCUGUGUUUGUAACACGAAUGGAACGCACAUUGAAGGCGUCACCCAAUUCCAUAACCUACAAUAUUGGACGUAGCCCAGCAGAGAGCUUAGAUACGAUCAAUCGUAUCGUGGGAAGCACUGCGAAGCGCAGCCUUAGUGAUCCAGAUUCGUACGAAGACCAAGUCAUACCAAUAACCGCUCCCAACCCGUACAAGCGAUCCAAAAUGGACAAAUUGAUCUCUGACCGCCAGGAGCAGGAAAGUAGCGUUAACAACGAAUAGACCUUUCAAUCAGUUUACAGGUUGCCAACUGAGUUUUAGGCUAAGUGACCAUUUAAAGUCUGUUCUGCAGGUGCAGGACGUUUUACUUAUAUUUAGUGCGGGUUCGCUACCUAUCCAAUUGUGUAGACAAGAAUAUGAAUCGUGUAAAAAAUAACGAUUCCGAGGUCUGCGACCGUUCUUAUUGUAUGCUUCAGUAAGAACGAAACGUUCUGAACUCGGCUGAAUUAUUAAAUUAUGCAAACAAAAUUCGACCUAAUUUACGCUCGAAAGAGAAAUUGUUAUCUAAAUUAUAUUUAAAAUAUUUAGCUUAGUUAUUUAUUAAUCUAUGUGAGAUUUUAGUUGAAUUACGGUAAAAAAAACCUUUUACGAAUUCAGUUUCUUAAUGGCGCGAUUUUUCAAUCGACUUUUUAUCGCUGCUGUUGCCUAUGAAGAGCACAAUCACAAAGAAAAUUUUACACUUUUUCUAAUGUAUUCGAGUGUAAAUAAGGUACAAUUGAGCUUCUUAAAAAUAUAACCGUGUACAAUUCGAAACGACACAAUUUAUUGCUUCCUGCGAACCCGGUUCAACAAGUCCCAGUACUUCUCUGCUGUAUUUCCUUAUUUAAUUGUUAUUUCUAAUAUUUUUAGGAUACUAUUCUUGCUUUAAUGAAAAGCCUGCAUACCUACUAUAAUAUUUUAACUAUCAAGAUCAUUAUAUAUAUUCACAUUCGGUAAUAACAGAUAUAUAUUUGCCUAAAGUAUAAAACAAAAUAAAACGCAAUAACUCUA